UUUAAAUAAUUGUGUAAAAAAGUGAAAAAAUUCAAAUACUAAAGAAAGAAAAAUCAAGAGUGAGAGAGAGCGAAAGAUUUAGAGGGAGUGCGAGUGAGAGUGAGGUGGCAUUGGUAUAGCCCCCAGCAGCCAGGAGCCAGGAGACAGGAGCCAGCAGCCAGCAGGCAGCAGCUAGCGUAGCCACAUUUAAUAGGAUUACACGCUGCCUGACAGUUUUGCCGGAUUAAUACAACUCAACUCAAAGAGGAAGCACAUAGCCUUAGCUCCACUCUUACCUGACGCUGUUUUCUAUUUCCCGGGACCGUGCAUCAUGUGCUUAGCGUAGCACGGCCGUGGAUGAGCCGCAAUGUGGACUUAUAUGAUGGCAGCCGCCCGCGGAGAUCGGGUCAACACAAUGAUGUCCAGCAGACGCCGCCCCGAGACCGAAUCGCCCAAAUACGGCUACAACCUCUCCCGUCCCAUGUAUCGCACGACACGUUUUGUCAGCCCCGUCGCCUCGGCGCCCGCCCAGCUGGGCCCCUCCAGCUGCAAUCCGGCGCACGAGGAGCUGGAGGUAAGCGGCGGCCUCUACGCCCCAUUUCAGCCGACGCUGGCGGCAGUCGGCGGGGAGGGCGGCGUGUGUCUGCCGCGCAAGCAUUUGAUUGCCAACCAAACGGCAAUGCCAUUGCCCAUGGGUCCAACCGACGGCGCUGAGCCGGAUGAGCAGCAGUUACACUAUCCGCGCAGCAGCUGCAGCAACAACAGCAGCUGGCAGCGCAGAAACUAUGAUGAUGAUGAUGAUGACGACGAUGAUGACGACGAAGACGAUGAUGAUGCUGAUGAGGAGGAGGCGAGGAUGAAGCACCAACACCAGCACCAACAUCAACACCAACACCAACACCAACACCAAUACAAACACCAACACCAGCAUAAGGUGAGCAGGCAAAGGGAGCUGCCGUUCGAUGAGGUCGGCUUUGCCAAGGAUAACAGAGAAGAGGCGAUUGACCUGGCCGAGCAGAAGUCAACCCAGCCACGUGCCAGCGACGCCAACUAUCUGGAGAAUGGCAGGAAACUGAUACAAGAGCCGAGCAAGGGGAGCAAACCGUCAGCGUUGCGACGCACGCUGCAGGCGCUGCGUCAACGUCUGACAAAACGGAAUCGCGCCAAACCGCCGGACUGGUUCCUCGAGAAGUUCUCGAAUGCCACCAACACGGACAAAAUAGGCAAAACCGGUGCCAUGGACGAUGCGGCGCUAUCGAGCGAAAUUCGCGGCAGCAGCGCUCUAUGCAAUCGCCUCUCCGUGGAUCCCACACUGCAGUCCCAUUACAGGUGGCUCGCUGUGGUCUCGCUGGCGGUGCUCUAUAAUAUCAUCUUUGUGGUGGGCCGUUCCGUUUUCUGGGAGAUCAACAAGAAUGCGCCCGCCGUUUGGUACACGCUGGACUAUCUGUGCGAUUUCAUUUACCUGCUGGAUACGCUGGUGCACAUGCACGAAGGCUUUCUGGACCAGGGUCUCCUAGUGCGCGAUGCGUUCCGGCUGCGGCGUCAUUAUUUCCACACCAAGGGCUGGUACCUGGACGUGCUGUCCAUGCUGCCCACCGACCUGGCCUACAUCUGGUGGCCGCCGGAGACCUGCUCCAGCCUGUAUCUGCCCUGUCCGGUGAUUGUGCGGCUGAAUCGAUUGCUGCGCCUGCCCCGCCUCUGGGAGUGGUUCGAUCGCACCGAGACGGCCACGGGCUACCCAAAUGCCUUUCGCAUCUGCAAGGUGGUGCUGGCCAUUCUGGUGCUGAUCCAUUGGAAUGCGUGCAUGUACUUUGCCAUCAGCUACGAGAUUGGCUUCAGCUCCGACUCGUGGGUCUACAAUUUGAAUGGAACGCGAAACAAUACGCUGCAGCGACAAUAUAUCUAUAGCUUCUAUUGGUCAACGCUGACGCUGACGACGAUUGGGGAGACGCCGACGCCCGAGAAUGAUGUUGAAUAUUUAUUUGUGGUCGCCGACUUUCUCGCCGGCGUCCUCAUCUUUGCCACCAUUGUGGGUAACAUCGGCUCGAUGAUAUCCAACAUGAAUGUGGCGCGGGUGGAGUUCCAGAAUCGCAUGGAUGGCGUCAAGCAGUACAUGGCCUUCCGGCGUGUGGGCCAUGAGCUGGAGGCGCGCGUGAUACGCUGGUUCGCGUACACCUGGUCGCAGAGCGGUGCCCUGGACGAGGAGCGAGUGCUGGCGGCGCUGCCGGACAAGCUGAAAGCCGAGAUAGCCAUACAGGUGCACAUGGAUACGCUGAAGCAGGUGCGCAUCUUCCACGACACGGAGCCGGGCCUGCUGGAGGCGCUGGUGCUGAAGCUGAAGCUGCAGGUCUUCAGUCCCGGCGACUACAUCUGCCGCAAGGGCGACGUCGGCAAGGAGAUGUACAUUGUGAAGCGGGGCAAGCUGUCCGUCGUGGGCGACAAUGGCGUCACCGUGCUGGCCACUUUGGGCGCUGGCUCGGUGUUCGGCGAGGUGUCCGUGCUGGAGAUAGCGGGCAACCGGACGGGCAAUCGACGGACGGCGAACGUACGCUCGCUCGGCUACUCGGAUCUCUUCUGUCUGGCCAAGCGGGAUCUGUGGGAAACGCUAGCCGACUAUCCCGAGGCGCGCUCCACGCUCACCCAGCGCGGCUGUCAGCUGCUGCGCAAGGACGGGCUGCUGGACGAGCAGAUCUUUGCGGAUUCGCAGCGCGUGCACGACAGCAUCGAGGGCGGCAUCGAGAAGCUGGAGCUGUCCGUGGAGAACCUGAACAUGCGACUGGCGCGCCUGCUGGCCGAGUACACGGCCAGCCAGGCCAAAAUCAAGCAGCGUCUGGCCAAGCUGGAGCUCAACAGCGGCGGCGGUGGCGGUGGCGGAUCUGGUGGUCGGGACGGUGCGGAGCCACAGAUGCGAACACGCAGCGGUCGUCUCUAUUCCCUGCAGACCAAGCGGCGCCCACGUGCCCGCCUUGAGGCAGCUGCCAAAUGCGGCGAUGCGGCCAAACAGAACACGCUCUAAGGCCGGGCAGAGGGGGGGGCGACCCGAACGGGGCCAGCCGCAUGGCGACACGCCAGUGAUAAAUGCAUGACGGUUCGCGCAGCAGGCCAAGGAGUUGGUACAUAUGGAAUAUGGAGCAUGGACAUGCUGCAGAUUAAAAAGUUGCUAUCGAGUUGGAGUUGGAUUCGAGUUGGCUGAGCGCCAGCUCGUGCGCUUUCAAAUCAAUUUUUAAUUUUAACAAUUAGUUUUAGGGCAGCGCCAAGCAGGUGCCCAGCACAGAGAGAGAGAUAGAGAGAGAGAGAGAGGGGAGGGGGAAGGUUUUGUUUUUAUGUAGCGCAACUUUAUAAAUUUGUAAAAUGAUUCAAACUGAAUGUGCCUCAAAGUGUGUAAAAGUAGAUUAGUUAAGAGAGCCAGAACACAACAGAAACGUGGGAAAAACAAGUUGAAAUUACACAACUAACUAAAAGUAAUUCAUUUUUUGUAAAGCACACACACAGAGA